AUGUGCUUGGAUGGUAUUUGUAAUCAUGUCUUGGAGUUGAUGAAGAGACAAAGAAACAAUAUAUGUUGGUUGACUACUUGUACCAAUCGUUUGCCUUACAAUAGAUGUAUGACAAGUUUCCUCACCAACAACUUGCUUAGACUUAGAUGUAGGGUUCACCUUCUCAACAAACAUGGCUUGCAGUCUGCUUAUUGGCCAUCGGGUAAUGGAUUUCCUGCAUCUUCCAUCGACACAUCGUACUUCACCCACAUUUACUAUGCCUUCCUCUUACCUGAACCCGCCACUUACAAGCUCAAUAUUACAACAUUUGACCAAGAAAAGCUCCCAGAGUUCAUGGGUGCGCUUCGAGCCCGGAACCCACCCAUCAAAACUCUACUAUCCAUAGGAGGAGGUGGUAAUGACCCAAUUGUGUUUUCUAACAUGGCUAGCAACGAGUCGACCCGUGCUAUUUUCAUUAAUUCCACUAUUGAAGUAGCUCGAAAAUAUGGGUUUGAUGGCGUUGACCUAGAUUGGGAGUUUCCAGAAAAUCAUACUGACAUGUUUCAUCUUGCUUUACUUUACAAGCAAUGGCGAAAGACUCUAAAAAGGGAAGCAAAAGCCAUUAAAAAAACUCGUCUCCUCUUGACCUCAGCAGUUUAUUAUGCUACAAAGAUCACUUUAUUGGGCAAGGCCCGAACUUACCCGGGAAACACUAUACGUAAAUAUGUGGAUUGGGUUAGUCCAAUGUGCUUCGAUUACCACGGGUCAUGGGAACGGGUCACGGGUGAGCAUUCAGCCCUAGAUGACCCGAAUAGUAAAAUUAGCACUACCUUUGGAAUUCAAUCAUGGAUCGAAGUUGGUGUACCGCCCAAAAAGCUAGUUAUGGGCCUACCGUUAUAUGGUCGAACAUGGACGCUCCAAGACCCGAAAGUGAAUGGAAUUGGAGCACCUGCAGUUGUGCCAGGUCCCGGAGGUGGGGUAUUGGUUUAUUCUCAAAUUCUGGAUUUUAACACACAGAAUAAUGCAACUGUCAAGUUUGACAAACAGAGUAGUUGUUUCUAUUCUUAUGCUGGUGGAUCAUGGGUCGGAUAUGAUGAUGUCGGAUCCGUGAAGUUGAAGGUCCGAUUUGCACUGGCCCGGAGCUUAGGUGGAUACUUUUUUUGGGCUCUUGGCCAGGACAAGGACUGGACCAUCUCAAGAGAAGCCUCAAAUGCUUGGGGGCAUUGUUGA